GCAACUACAUCACAUCCCGAGCCCUCCGAGCCUCCUCCUCCACGCUAGCUGCAACAUAUAUAUAAAGCUACUACGACCCGACAACCGGUUUUACUUGUCUAACCUACCAGCCACAGACCCCUCUCCUCUCUCCCUCCCUCUUCCACACAUUGUAUAAGCCAUCCCGUCCACAGGAAACAAUAAAUCAGUCAAGAUGGUACUUAGCUCUCUUUCCCGUCCCUUAGCCCGCUCUGUCGGUCCUGUUGCUUCACGCGCCAGAGGCCUGCACCUCGCGUCGCCCGCUCUCUCGUCCGGCCUGAGGUCGUCCACUGCACGCGCCGCGGGCGUGAUGACCUCGAGGCAGGCUGCUGCCAACAGCGUGUUUGAAAACAAUGCGAGCACGACACGCCGGGGCAGGCUGGGAGCAUAUACGACGACCCGAUCGCUGACUGGUUUUCCCCGUGAAAAGGUCAAGGUUUUGAUGGUUCUCUAUGAUGGCGGCAAGCACGCCGAGGAGGUUCCUGAGCUGCUUGGUACCACCCAGAACGAGCUCGGCCUCCGGAAAUGGCUCGAGGAUCAGGGACACACUCUCGUCACCACCUCUGACAAGGAGGGCGAGAACUCGACCUUUGACAAGGAGCUUGUCGACGCCGAGAUUAUCAUCACCACUCCCUUCCACCCUGGCUACCUGACCGCCGAGCGCCUCGCCAAGGCCAAGAACCUGAAGCUGGCCGUGACCGCAGGUAUCGGCUCCGACCAUGUGGAUCUGAACGCCGCCAACACCACCAACGGUGGCAUCACCGUGGCCGAGGUGACGGGCUCCAACGUUGUUUCCGUGGCCGAGCACGUCGUCAUGACCAUCCUCACCCUCGUCCGUAACUUUGUUCCCGCGCACGAGCAGAUCGAGGCUGGCGACUGGGACGUUGCCGCGGCCGCCAAGAACGAGUUCGACCUCGAGGGCAAGGUUGUCGGCACCGUCGCCGUCGGCCGCAUCGGCGAGCGUGUGCUGCGCCGCCUCAAGCCCUUUGACUGCAAGGAGCUGCUGUACUACGACUACCAGCCCCUGAGCCCCGAGAAGGAGGCUGAGAUCGGCUGCCGCCGCGUCGCUGACCUCGAGGAGCUGCUGGCCCAGUGUGAUGUGGUCACCAUCAACUGCCCCCUGCACGAGAAGACUCGUGGCCUGUUCAACAAGGAUCUCAUCAGCAAGAUGAAGAAGGGCUCUUGGCUCGUCAACACCGCUCGUGGCGCCAUCGUCGUCAAGGAGGAUGUCGCCGAUGCCCUCAAGUCUGGCCACCUCCGCGGCUACGGUGGUGAUGUGUGGUACCCCCAGCCCGCCCCCAAGGACCACCCUCUGCGCUACGCCAAGAACCCCUUCGGCGGCGGCAACGCCAUGGUGCCCCACAUGUCCGGUACCUCGCUCGACGCGCAGAAGCGCUACGCUAUUGGCACCAAGAACAUCCUCGAGUCCUACCUGACUGGCAAGUUCGACUACCGCCCCGAGGACCUGAUUGUCACUGGUGGUGACUAUGCCACCAAGGCGUACGGCCAACGUGCCCAGAAAUAAAUGUAGACGAGAGAGAGAGAGAGAGAGAGAGAGAAAUGAAAACCGGAAACAGGGUAAUGUGUGAAUGAGUGACGGGAUACUUUUAGGUCGAGACCUAGCAUAGGGAUCAGUCUCACAGGAUGAUGCACACCAAGCACCAACAUUUUUCCCGUAUGUCAAAUUAAAUGAAACCAAGCAAUUUUUU